AUGAAUGAGAAACAAAUUCUCGGCGUUGCUGGUAGCAGUAAUGAUGUACACCUUAUGACAUUAGAAUAUUAUAACGAACAUAAAGAUGAACUGAAAGGAGAGAAGGGUGACACCGGACCUCAAGGACCACAAGGAAUACAAGGAAUACAAGGAAUACAAGGACCUCAAGGCGAAAACGGUUUGGAUGGUGAAGAUGGAAAGGAUGGAAAAACUGCUAAAUCAUGGAUAUGGAACCUUAUAAAUACUGGUUUAACAGCUGCUUCAUAUGGAGUUCUUCAAUACCAAAUCGGAAAGAUAUGGGCAGUACUUGGUGAAGAAGUUUUAGAUGACGUUAAAAAUGCUUUGAACUUCAUUUCAAAUGGUUCGGAUACUAUUAAAACUUUAUCUGGUUGGAUGCAAGAAACAAGGAGUCAAAUAGAUACUGUAAGACGUAUAGCAAACAAUGCACGUACGGGAUUGGAUACUUUACGAGAAGCACAAAAUACACUAAAGGAAGCAAAUGAUAUUCUUGGCUCAGUAUCAGACAUGCAUGAAGAUUGGCUUAAAGGUAUUGACAAAUCUUUAAAAAAUCACAGUCAGUCUAUUGCUGACUACAAGAAAAGUAUAGAUUUUUUACAUAGUGCUAUGGACGUACAUGAUGGAAGCAUAAGGAACUUACUUAAUGCUAACAAUAACUUACCAGGAACUAUUAAAGCAUUUAUAAAGUCCUUUGUAAAACCUGGUGCUCUAACAUUUAGGUCUUUGAGAGCAAGAGCAUUGAAGUCAAGAGAUGCAGAAACUCCAACAGAAACUCCAGAAGAACCACCAAAACCAACAGCUAAUGAAAUAUU